AUGUAUCCCCAUCCCUCAAUAGCGUGUCCCGCGCUGCCGACGAGUGCGGCGUCGUUCAAGGAAGCUAACGGCACGACGUCCUCUAAGAUCUCGUCGGGUACCCAAGGCUCGACGAACUGCGCGUUCGCACGGAAGACUGCGCCCUCGCGUUUUGAUAGACAGUCAACAAGCACGACGCGCUCGAGGAGAUUGAGGUCUCGAGCAGCCUAUCGCUGUCAGGCUGAUCUUCCGUCGACGGCCCAAGACCGAAAAAUGCACAUUCGGACGUCAACUGCGCCGAGGCCCGCGCGGGAAUCUCUAGCGGAACGUCGCGACUUCAAUGGCGUCGGGAAAGGGGCACGGGAGCGGCGACGGCGCGAAGCGCCGUCGCACGUCCCCAAACGCAUUCUCGAGGCACUUUGUGCGCGCCUCCAGAUGCAAAACUUUUGCAUUUUGACGCAAAAUGCGCCGAGGGCCGCGCGGGAGUCUCUAGCAGAACGCCGCGAGCUCAGCAACGCGAGGGAGGGGGCACGGACACGGCGGCGGCGGCGCGGAGCGCCGCCUUCUACGCUCUGUGUAAAGCUUUGA